AUGAGAAAUGACUGCACAGAAGAAUCUGCGAAUGAGUUUCGUGAUUUUGAAGAUGAAGCAUCUUGCAGUUCAUGGUCAAGCCCACAUUUGCUAGCCUCAGUUGAUAGGGAAAAUGGAUAUGAUACUAAGGGGAAGAGAAUUGUGAAUCUGAGAAGAAGGUCAGGAAUCAGGCGGAGGAGGAAGGGUAAUUAUGAAUGUGGGAAAUUAUAUUCAGUGUUUCCUACUGAAAAUCCCUCCUUGCCUUGUGAAGGGGAUAUAGCUGGAAGUAAAACAACGGAAGUGAAUCCUACUUCAGGGAAAGAAGUUGGUUCACUGGUAAAUGUAAAAAAUGCUCUCAUGGACCAUGAUAUGGAGGAAAGAGCCUGCCACAGCUAUGAAUUUGGUGGAUCACUGGUUGAUAGCCCAUCACAGGACAAAUACUCCUCAUCAACUGAGAUCUGCAUGAGUAAUAGAAGAGACAAGAUGCAGAUUGUUGAAAGUGAAGAGAGCCGUAUGAAGAUGAUGGAGGCAGCACUUGAAGAAGAGAGAGCUGCCUAUGCUGCUCUUUGUUUAGAGCUAGAGAAAGAGAGGUCUGCUGCUGCAACUGCUGCUGAUGAAGCAAUGGCAAUGAUAUCUCGUCUGCAGGAAGAGAAGGCCUUCAUAGAAAUUGAAACUAGGCAAUACCAGAGGAUGAUAGAGGAAAGUUGCUUAUGA